AUGGUCGCUGCCUCAACCCAGUCACCUCUUCACUGCUCACAAUCCAACCAAUCAAGAAGCUCAAUUGCUCCAUUAAUUGCCGAAGAGGGUUUCAUCAAUAUUCUGGGGAAGCCCACUCCAAGCACCAACUUGACCUGUCAAGGUCACCAUCCCGCCAAGAUGGCUCCAAGCGAAAUGGAAAAGACCGAAACCAACACCCGCCCCGCCUCCAUCACGAAAGGCUCAGUCGCCGACAUAAUUAGCGAAGCCUCUCUAAAUCCUAUCACCCGCAAAGUCGAUUACCACCUCGUCCCACUCAUGCUAGUCUGUUACUUCCUCCAAUUCCUCGACAAAGUCCUCAUCAACUAUGCCAACAUCAUGGGUCUCUCCGAGAAUCUCAAUUUCACAGGCAACGAUUUCUCAUGGAUGGCGACCGCUUUCUUCAUUGGAUUUGCAGUGGCUGAGUUUCCUCAAGGAGUCUUGAUUCAGAAAUUCCCUGUUAGCAAGGUUCUGGGAAUUAAUGUUGUUCUUUGGGGUGCUGUUAUCUGCUGUUCUGCUGCUGCGGUUAACUUCCCCGGAAUGACGGCGACAAGAACAUUGCUCGGCAUGUUUGAAGCUGUUAUCUCGCCUGCUCUCAUCAUGAUUACUUCGCAAUGGUAUACUCGAAAACAAGCAACGCCCAGAACUGGUAUCUGGUACUGUGGUCUCGGCAUUGGACAGACUGUUGGUGGACUGAUCUCCUUCGCCGCUCAGCAUGGUAGUCGGACAGGCAGUUUCCAAGGAUGGCGCAUCAUGUUCGUGUCGGUUGGCGCUUUCAACAUCAUGAUUGGUCUCCUUGUCGUUUUCUGGAUGCCCUCCAGCAUCAAGGAAGCCAAGUUCCUGACCGAACAUGAGCAGCUUCUACUUCAAGAAGCUUUAACUGCGGAUCAGGGUGGACACAGCGCCAAAGUGUUCCGUCGUGCUGGUAUCUGGGAUGCUUUCAAGGAUAUCCAAGUCUGGCUUCUCUUCCUCAACACUGUUCUCAUUGUUAUACCCUCUGGUAUCAUCACGACUUUCUCUGCUACUUUAAUCCGAGGAUUUGGGUAUGACCCAAAACAGGCGGCUUUGUUGAACAUGCCUGCAGGUGUCGUUUCCGUCAGUGCGACACUUCUUAGCACAUUUGCUAUUCUUUACGGCUUUCCCAGGUGGUUGGGCCUUUGUCUUCUCAUGGUCCCAACUCUUAUUGGGGCUGGACUCAUGUCAUUCUACUCGAAUAGUCAAGCUGGAUCUCUGGCUGGUAUCUACCUCAUCAACUUUGAUGUCGCACCGCUUGCACUCAUAUACGCACUUGUCGGCGCCAACAUUCAAGGCUACACCAAGAAGGUUACCACCAAUGCUAUCAUCGCCGUUGGCUUUUCCAUUGCGAACAUCAUUGGGCCCCAGACUUUCCAAGCCAAGGAUGCACCGACCUUUAUCCCGGCCAAGAUCACAGUCUUUUGCGUUUGUGGUGGGUCAGUGGUCGUGACUAUUCUGACCAGGAUUCUUUAUGGAAUUCGAAACAGGGCCGGGAGGGUGUCGCGUGAUGUUAGUGAAGUCGAUGAGGCUGAGAUGACUGACAGGAACAACCCGAACUUCUUUUAUGUAUACUAA